AUGAUUGGAUUUCUGUUACUCCUACUGGCAUCAACUGCAAUUUAUCUAGCCUACUCCAAGAUGAAGCUAGACAAAGAAAAUCAAACGCGGAUAAGGAAAUUCCUUGAAGAUUACAGAGCAAUGAGACCAACCCGAUACUCUUACGCUGAUAUAAAGAAAAUGACAAAUGACUUCAAGCAUCUGUUGGGUGAAGGAAGCAAUGGUAAAGUAUUCAAAGCAAAGGUCUCAAACGAAAUAGUUAUGGCUGUGAAACUGUUGCAUAACUCCACGGAGAACGGGGAGGAAUUCAUCAAUGAAGUUGGAACGAUGGGAAAAAUCCAUCAUGUAAACGUUGUUCGCUUGUUAGGCUUCUGUGCAGAUGGAUUCAAGAGGGCACUUGUGUAUGAGUUCUUACCAAAUGGUUCUCUAGACAAAUUCAUAUUCCCACAAGGCCAAGAGCAUCACACCUUGGGAAUGAAGAGAUUGCAAGACAUAGCUAUCGGGAUCGCGCGAGGAAUCGAGUACCUUCAUCAAGGUUGUGAACAAAGAAUCCUCCAUUUUGAUAUCAAGCCUCACAAUAUACUAUUGGACGACGAUUUCAACCCGAAAAUUUCUGAUUUCGGAUUGGCAAAGUUCUGUGAAAAAGGAAGAAGCGCGGUGUCAAUGGCGGUUGCCAGAGGAACAAUGGGAUACAUUGCUCCUGAAGUCUUUUCCAGGCACUUUGGGAAUGUUUCUCACAAAUCUGAUAUUUACAGUUUUGGAAUGUUGUUGCUUGAAAUGGUGGGAAGGCGAAAGAACAUCGACAACAAUGUUCGAAAUCUUAGCCAGAUAUAUUUUCCUGAAUGGGUUUACGGACGUCUGGCUGAUGGAGAAGAAUUCAGGAUCCAAGUUGAGGAUGAUGAUGAUGGAAAUCAGAACAAAAUUGCUAAGAAAUUAGCUAUUGCAGGACUUUGGUGCAUUCAAUGGGAGCCAGUGGAUCGCCCUUCAAUUACACGGGUGCUUCAGAUGCUGGAAGGAAAUGGUGAAAACCUAAUUCUCCCACCAAAUCCUUUUGGCAGCUCAAACAAUGCAAUGAAUCAGGUUGAUAAUCCAAGCUCUACAGAGCAAACAAGAAUGCUACAUUUUGAUUCGUAA